GAUGCUCUCUAUCGCGGACAGCUCGAACAAUGGAAGGCGCGUUCCAUAUUAUAAUUCAGUGUGUGUAACACAAUGUCCAUUAGUGUGAGAAAGAGCGUAUCAGUGUGUCUCACUCACACUAGUGGACUGUGUUGCACAGUGUCGCCUGUGUACGUAGCUGAAAAGCUCCCAGAGAAAGCAAAGUGAUCACACCGUAAUCAAGCGUAAUUGAGACGUGACAGAUCGAAGGAAAUGUAUUUGGUUUGCGCGCUUCGUAAGAUCGUUAUAGAAUUGCAAAUUUUUUGACAAUAUAAUAUAAUAGAAUGUACUUUCUAAUUUGCAAUAAUGCGAGCAUUGUCGAAAUUUAAUCAUUUUUCUUGGUUAAUGACCAUAAAUUUAUAUCAUGAUGUGAGCAGUGCAUAUCUAUAAAAGACAUUCUACGUUAUUUCUGGUGAAUCUACAAUAAACUAAAGUGACAGGAUGAUGAUGGGUGAUCAGUUUCGUAAGGUGGAACAGUAUUCGCCAAAAUCUUCACCAAGAGGUGCUCGUUCUCCAGUUGUAUCUCGUCAAGACUCCACAGGAACAUUGAAAACAACUAUUUCUCUUGGAAAGAAUCCUUCUAUUGUCCAUAGUGGACCUUUUUAUUUAAUGAAAGAACCGCCAGGAGAAAGUGAAUUAACUGGAGCAACAAAUUUGAUGGCAUAUUAUGGCUUGGAACAUUCAUAUAGUAAAUUUAGUGGUAAAAAGCUCAAAGAACAACUGUCAUCUUUUCUACCAAAUUUGCCAGGUAUCAUAGACAGGCCAGGACAUUUAGAUAAUAGUUCAUUGAGAUCAGUGAUUGAGAAACCACCAAUAGGUGGUAAAGAAUUAUUGCCCUUAACAAGUGUGCAGCUAGCAGGUUUUCGAUUACAUCCUGGCCCGUUGCCAGAACAAUAUAGAUAUGUAAAUCAAGCUCCUCAAAGAAAACACAAGAAUAAACAUAAAAAACAUAAACAUAAGCCUGGUGAGGUGCUUAGUGGACAAGAGGCUGCCACUACAGAUAUAGGUGGUUCCGAUACACAUGAAAAGAAACAUAAAAAACAAAAGAGGCACGACGAAGAAAAGGAAGCUAGGAAAAAGCGAAAGAAGGAAAAGAAAAGGAAAAAGCAAAAGCAUAGCCCUGAACAUACCGGUAGCCUUACACCGUCUCAGCAUUCCAACUCGUGAUCGUUAAUUCCUUUUCAGUUUAUGCCAAAUUUUUAGUUGAAAUCCGGGAAUGUACAAAAUGCCCGUACAAGUAUAAAAGUAUAUACGUGAUUAUUUAUUAUUUUUAAUGUAAAUGUAUCGCUUAUUUCUGAUAUUAAGUGAAACAAAAAGAAGAAAACUAUACAAAUCAUGUAUAUAUGUAACGUAUAAAGUUGUGUUUAUUUUUA